UGGCGACGUAUUACUUCCGGAAACACGCCGCAAAGCAUUGUGGAACUUGCAGUACUUUUUUCUGUCGCGGUUCCCAAGGAGAUUGGAUGACAACAAGCUACUCCCACCCCUCGACCCUGUGAUAGAAAGACGCAACACACGCUACCUUGUCAGACAUGAGUGAGUUCCUGGGUAAUCAGGACUGUAUCGAAAGCCUCCGAAAAGACCUGGUUGACCUGCAGGGCGCCAUUCUGGACGUCUUCUCUAGAACCGGACCGAUCCGCGUCCCGUCCUGGAAGUUCCCCGAUAAACUCUCCUGCAAUCUGGACAUGGUACCUCUGCUUGAGCAAUAUGACUUUGUGGAUGGGGACGGUGCGUUCAACCAGCUCUCCCAUAUAGUCUUACUGGAGCUCGUGAUUGACAGACUACUGCUUCUUCUACAAAGCUUCAAUUCUUACGUUGAGCAACUGAGGUGCAGCCACAGGAGAGAACAAACCAGGCAGAAACAAUGCCUGUCAGUUGGACUUGUAGUCAGAAACUACUGGAGUAAUUUAGUUAAUUUUGCCAGCCUUACGGAGACUUCCAAAGACAUUAAAAGACAGACAAAACCAAAGACAUUUGACCGCGAUGAGACAGAGACAGUGUCGUAUGCUUCCCCGCAGAAGAGCUCAAGGAGUGACAGCUGUUUAUCUGCCGCGUCUUCAUUGAGCUCCUUUCAGUUUUUGUCACAGAGCCAUGGACCCUCUAGUCCUUCCCUCGGCACCCUGUGCUGUCCUAAAGCUGACAGCCACAAUGUAGGCUGCCAGACAUUUGAAUCUUCCCUCAUUCCUUGCAAUGCCUGUUAUCGGGUACAGUCUAUUUUGAGAAAGACAGGAGAUGCUUUGGUAGAACUGUUUCAGAGUGAGGGCCUGCCCUCCUCUCUGCAGCCGCUCUUAGCUGCUGUAGAGGACACCCUGGAGCUUGGACAUAUGACAGCAGGGGAUGUCGCCCAGUGGUCCAACGAGCAGCUCAGGGACAUGCGCCGGCUGGAAAAACAUCUGCAAGAGGUGCGGGGUACAGUGCACCCUCUUAAAGAUAAACUAGCAGCAGCAGAGACAGAGCGGGAGACAUUCAGGUCUCAGUUGGAAAGUGCACGGAAAGAGUUCAAGCAGGAGCUGGAAAAACACCAGGCAACCAUAGUCCAGCUGGAGUUUUCACUUUGGAACACACAGAGGUCCAUGAAAGAAACAGAGCAUCGGCUACAAGAGGAGCAACAACAACGCAAGAGAGAAACCUUAUCCUUGGAGGAGAGUAAUUCCAGACUGAAAGAAAACAUAGUGUUGCAACAAGAUACCUUACAAGAACUUGAAUGUGAAAAGAAUGCACUGCAGGAAAAAGUGAAGUCCUUGCACUUAGUGGAAGACACCUGUUGUAGACUACAACAAAAGAUUCAGCAACUAGAGAGUCAGAUCUCUGACAAUAAACUCCUUCUUGACAAGGAGAAUGCCAAGUACCACAGCGCUUGUCGUCAGCAAGAGUCAAUGCAGGCAAAGCAGACAUCUUUGUUGGAGAGAGUGGAUGCUCUUGACAAAGAGUGUGAAGAGCUCCAGAGGCAGUUGGUUGAAGGAGAGGAGAGACAGACCAACCUUCACAAUGAGCUGCAACCGAUGUCAGAGGAGAAGGAACAACUGCAGGCUCAGCUCACUCAGCAGCAGGACUUCUGUCUAGAGCUUCAAAAUGAUAAGCAGACGAUGGAAACAAACGAAGAAGAGCUAAAGGAAUAUGUGCAAGCUUUAAAGGAGAGGGAGAGGCUUUUGGUUGCUUUCCCAGAGCUCAGCCCUCUAGCGAAGGCCCGACCACAGAGUACAGGACAUGUGCUUUUGGAUAUGGAGCAACAAAUGCAGGCAAAUGUCAUUCGCAUUAAAGUUCUGGAGCGGGAAAAUUCUAUGCUACACGGCAGCCUCGAGAAACUGAGGGAAAGAGCACAACACAAUGCCAAAACGGAAGCCACGUGUGAGCAGGCGUGGAGCCCCCCUCUGCCCACCACACCAGUGGAAAAUCAACAAAAUCAUGUGACACUAAUGCAGAAAAGACCACCGCAGAGCAGCAGUGCAGCACGCCUGAGAUAUAGUAACAGAAGGAAGGAAGCGAGAGGAGGUGAAAGGGGUCUGGAGUCAACCGGGUCAGAGGACCAUGUGUCUGCACCGGCUGCCUCCGUGUCCUCCUCGCUAAUUCACCUACAAACCCUCCACCUCAACAAUCCACACUCCACUGUGGCUACAAGCCACAAAAAAACACACAGUGUCUCUCUGCGCUCUCACUCCAGAGGCUUGAAUCAUCACAAAAGAAAAUGAAACCCACAUUUUUGCAGUUGCAGAAAUACAGCUAUGUAUAGGGAUUGUUUGUUUGACAAUUAUGUGGUUAAUAUAAAUAAGCAAUAUAUAUUGUAUGUAUGUAUGCCUCUCUGUCUCUUUCUCUCUGUAUGACAAGGAACACUGCGAAGAUAUUAGGUUUCUCGAUACAGUAUGUUAUAUUCUUCUCAAAAAAACCUGGAUGUAUAUGCAACUGGGAAGCCUCCACAGCAGAUGAUUCUGUGUAGUAUCUUCAAAUAUUACACGAACAAUGUGUGGACAGUGGGAGGAUUUAAUGGAAACACUAGUGGCUGCAGCAGGUUACACAUGAUUCAAGCAGGGCAGAGUCUCCUCAGCAGAGAACACGGCAGCAGUGUUUGGGUUUUCAUGUCCAGCUUUCAGACAGGUACAUGCUGUCAUUCACCUAGAAGUUCUGCAUGUGUUUUUAAUUCGCAUCCUGAAGGGAUUCUAACAAAUAGUUGGUGAACUAUGGACUGUAAACUCCCCUUAAGGGCGCUGUUGGAGUCAGGGAAAACAAGUAUAAGAAAUCA